CUUCUCUCUCCUCCUAACCCUCCUCAUUCAUCGACGCAUUCAUCCAUCCCAGAUUCCUCAUUGUCGCAGAGCCGUUGGAUCGUCACGCCUAUUCUCCCUAACAACCAGAAUUCCUGUGCCGUACCGCUACACCGCCUGAGCUCAUUUUGACCGCCAUCACAUCUCUUCUUUCCCUCUCUCACACACACCGUCAUGGCUUACCAGGGAGCUGGAGGCUACGAUGGUCACCUUCCACCGAACCAACAAUCUUUCCACAAUUCUCCUCUUCACGACAGCAGACACGACAGCGACGACGAGGUCGAGCGUUCCCUCUUGCACAACAAUCCGACCGGUCCUUUCCAAGGUCCCUUUGACGAACCCCACAGCCGUUCUGGCACUCCCGGCGGUCACGAUCCUCAUGGAUACUCGCUAGAAGAGACGUACGCGGGCCAUCCUCCCGCAGGAGCGCCUCCAUACAAUGGGUAUGAGGAGUACGGCGGCCACCAUCUCGACGAUCCAGGUUAUGGCCACCCAGAAAUGGGAAUGCCAGAAAGCCCGUACGAUCGAAGCGACACCGGCAGUACAGAAGCAUGGCGUCAACGACAACAGCCAGGAGGUGGAGCAGCCGCACCAGGUGGUUUGAAGAGAAAUGCAACACGUAAGGUCAAGCUUGUGCAGGGUGCUGUUUUAAGCGCAGACUACCCUGUCCCUUCGGCGAUUCAAAAUGCCGUGCAGGCCAAAUACCGCAACGACUUGGAGAGCGGCAGCGAGGAGUUCACACAUCUGAGAUACACCGCUGCCACUUGCGAUCCCAAUGACUUCACCCUCAAAAAUGGAUACAAUCUUCGUCCUGCCAUGUAUAACAGACAUACCGAGCUGUUGAUCGCUGUGACAUACUACAACGAGGACAAGACGCUGACAUCACGCACACUCCACGGUGUCAUGCAAAACAUCCGCGAUAUCGUCAACAUCAAAAAGUCGGAAUUCUGGAACAAAGGUGGCCCAGCAUGGCAGAAGAUUGUGGUCUGCUUGGUUUUCGACGGUAUCGACCCCUGCGACAAGGGUACGCUCGAUGUGCUAGCCACGAUUGGUAUCUACCAGGAUGGUAUCAUGAAGAGGGACAUUGACGGAAAGGAGACGGUCGCCCACAUUUUCGAAUACACCACACAGCUUUCGGUCACUUCCAACCAGCAGCUCAUUCGUCCGCUCGAUGAUGGUCCCUCCACUCUGCCACCCGUGCAGAUGAUGUUCUGUCUGAAGCAAAAGAACAGCAAGAAGAUCAAUUCUCACAGAUGGCUCUUCACUGCUUUUGGACGCAUUCUCAACCCGGAAGUGUGCAUUCUACUCGAUGCUGGUACGAAACCCGGCCACAAAGCUCUUCUCGCUCUGUGGGAGGCCUUCUACAAUGACAAGGAUUUGGGUGGUGCCUGUGGUGAGAUUCACGCUCUGCUGGGUAAAGGCUGGAAGAAUCUCCUCAACCCACUGGUCGCCAUUCAGAACUUCGAGUACAAAAUCUCCAACAUUUUGGACAAGCCGCUCGAAUCUUCAUUUGGAUACGUCUCCGUCUUACCUGGUGCUUUCUCCGCCUACCGCUUCCGCGCCAUCAUGGGACGUCCUCUCGAGCAGUAUUUCCACGGUGAUCACACUCUUUCGAAACAACUCGGACCCAAGGGUAUCGAGGGCAUGAACAUUUUCAAGAAGAACAUGUUUUUGGCAGAAGAUCGUAUUCUCUGUUUCGAGUUGGUCGCCAAGGCUGGCAGCAAGUGGCAUCUCACCUACGUCAAAGCCUCCAAGGGUGAGACGGAUGUGCCUGAAGGUGCUGCCGAAUUCAUCGGUCAGCGUCGACGUUGGUUGAACGGAUCCUUCGCCGCCACUCUCUAUUCUCUGAUGCAUUUCGGCCGCAUGUACCGCUCUGGACACAACAUCAUCCGCAUGUUCUUCUUCCAUAUUCAGCUGAUCUACAACUUGGCGACGGUCAUCAUGGCUUGGUUCUCAUUGGCAUCCUACUACCUCACAACAACAGUCAUCAUCGACCUCGUGGGUAGCCCCGGCUCAAGCAACGACCAACAUGCCUUUCCCUUUGGCAACACCGUCACUCCCUAUGUCAACACGGUCGUAAAAUACAUCUACCUCGCCUUCCUCCUCCUCCAAUUCAUCCUCGCUCUCGGUAACCGACCCAAGGGAUCUCGCUGGACCUAUAUCAUCUCCUUUGCCGUCUACGCCAUCAUCCAACUCUACAUCAUCGUCGACUCCUUCUACCUCGUCGUCCGUGCUUUCACCGGCGGGCCAGGAUUUGACACCGAUGGCACCGCGGUCGACUUCAUCAAAUCCUUCUUCGGUUCCACAGGACCAGGUAUCAUCAUCAUCGCUCUCGCCGCCACUUUCGGUCUUUACUUCAUCGCCUCCUUCCUGUACCUCGACCCUUGGCACAUGUUCACCUCUUUCGGGCAGUACCUUCUCAUGAUGACCUCGUACAUCAACAUCCUCAUGGUCUACGCCUUUUCCAACUGGCACGACGUCUCCUGGGGCACCAAGGGAUCCGACAAAUCCGACGCUCUGCCAUCCGCCACCACCCAGAAAGCUGCCGACGGGAAAGGGGCCGUGAUCGAAGAAGUGGAUCUCCCACAGGCCGACAUCGACUCGCAAUUCGAACAGACCGUCAAGCGCGCGCUGACACCUUACGACGCUCCGAAGGAAGACACGAAGAAAAGCUUGGAAGACUCGUAUAAAUCUUUCCGUACGAGAUUGGUCACAUUCUGGAUCUUCUCCAAUGCUUUGCUGGCGGUGGCAAUUACGAGUGAUAGCUUCGAUAAGUUUGGAUUCACCACUGGAGCGAGUAGCAGGACGUCGAACUUCUUCCGCGCGUUGCUGUGGGCUACUGCGGCGCUGAGUUUCGUGAGGUUCCUUGGGUGCGUGUGGUUCUUGUUCAAGAGUGGAUUGCUGGGAUGCUGUAAUAAGAGGUAG